CUCCUUUCUCUAUACGGUUCUUCCAAAUAUAUAUAUAUAUAUAUAUUUCAAAAUAAAAUUCCAGAGUAUAUGCUUCAAAGUACACAUCAUCCUAAUGAGCCGAAGACGGCCCCAGUGCCCCUCUGCCACAGGGGAGGAGAGGGCAGUGAGGGAAGCAGAAUGAAGUCGGCUUUGCCAAGGCGCUAAGGACAUUCAGGUGAACAUCAGCCCUGUCUGCCCGUGCCACGUCCAAGGUUUUCCUGGCCAUUCCUAACCCAGCAGCUAGCUCCUGUCUCUGCUCUUGGAGGUGUCCUCUGAGCAAAUGACAUCCUCAAACUCCCAUCGUUUUAAAAUGGUAUACCGCAGACAUGACCUUCAAAGAGAGGCCUUUCCCUCCGAGUGCCUGCCUUGUCUGUUGCGUCAUUGAUCAGGCUGCAAUUUAUGUGGCUGAAUUCCUAAGUAACAUGGUCGAGUGGGUGGCUUUGCUCUGUCUGGUCAGAACAAGAAUCAUUUCCACAUCUCUCUUUCCCUCAGGUAUAAUGGAUUUAAGAAGAGACUCUGCCUUUUUAUGUGCGAUGCAAUUCAGUAUCUAAUAUCCUUAUCUGCAGGAAUUCAUGGCUGGAAUUAUGUAACACUGUUUUUCUCUCUCCAAGCAGACUGUCCUUCUUCCGCCUGGGUUCAGUUCCAAGACCACUGUUACAUCUUUAUUCAAGCCGUCACAGCAGAAAGCAUAGAGGAUGCCAGAAGCCAGUGUACUGACCAUGGAGCAGACCUGAUAAGCAUACAUAAUGAAGAAGAAAAUACUUUCAUACUGGAUUCUUUGAAAAAGCAAUGGAAAGGCCCAGAGGAUAUCUUACUAGGCAUGUUUUAUGACACAGAUGAUGCGAGUUUCAAGUGGUUUGACAAUUCAAAUAUGACAUUUGAUAAGUGGACAGACCAAAAUGAUGAUGAAGAUCUGGUUGACACCUGUGGUUUUCUACACACCAAGACAGGUGAAUGGAAAAAAGGAAAUUGUGCAGUUUCUUCAGCGGAAGGAACACUUUGUAAAGCAGCCAUACCAUAUGAAAAGAAAUAUUUAUCAGAUAAGCAGAUUUUAAUAUCAACUUUGGUGAUUGCUAGCACAGUCACAUUGACAGCUUUGGGAGCAAUCAUUUGGUUCCUUUACAGAAGACAUUCCGACUCUGCUUUCACUACAGCGUUCUCAGUGGCACCCCGGUCACCUUAUGACGAUGGCUGUGUUUUGGUAGUCGCAGAAGAAAAUGAGUGUGGUGUUCAAUUUGACUAACUUUUUGGAAACCUCAGACUAAAAUAUCAAAUGACUUGAAAGAGAUUCCUGUGCAAGAUCUUUUAAUGUGAAAUGUGGACAUAAAAAACUAGAGAUUUUAUGAUAUUCCUUAUUCCAGUAAUGGCACUUACAUGUUCUCAUUGUAAGCGAACUCAUUUUUUAAAUCAUCAUAAAAACAAGCUUUACAAAGGGAAUUAUUAAAUCUAGGUAGUGUUUCUUCCAGUACAGAAGCUUUCAGUUGAAGCAAAGCUUAAAGACAAAGUCGAGUAGACAUAGAUAAAAAGUCUAGCCUGCUUAUUUUACCUGUUCUUUUUGUUCACAUGUCAACGGGAUUAGCCUAAUUUUUAGGUAAGCCAUACAUUUAAAUAUCCUAGAUACUGAUUACUUGGAAAGAUAAUCCCUCUCAUAGUUGUAUUUCCCUUUAUGACUUAGAUGAAAUUUUUGCAAUUUUAAGAACCUUUACCAAUUUUACAGUCUCGCUAGUUUGACACACACCAUUUUGGAACACAAAUACUAUAAAAAUGGUUAAAGUUUUCAGAAAACUUUAUAAACAUUUUGGAACAAAAAUACAGCCUUAUCAGAAAGAUAGAAAGCUGGCAAUAAUGUUAACACUUUUUAAAAUGUUUCUCUUGCCAGAAUGCUUUGUGAUACAACCUACCUCUGACUCCCAAAGGGUUUAUAAAUUUUAUACUUCAAUUGCAUGAGAUCUGGAUAAGCAAAUCAGAAGAAAACCACUAGGUUCGACUACAGUGAUGAUGCUCAAACUUUCAGUGGGUUACAUUCUUAAGAAAGGUGAAAGUAAGCUGAAACAAAUGAUUUUGUUCGGUAUCUUUCAUAGCUCAUAAGCCAUAUUUGUAAAAGAUAAAGGAUGCAUAGAAAUCACAAGGAAAAAUGAUUGCAGAAGCCUGAAGCUUCAAGUAAUCUCUAAUCCACGUCCCAUCAAUUAUCAGAGUUUCUUAGUGCAGGAUAAAGUCUUAAUAUGGUUGAGUAAUAGCAACAAAACUGAAAGCUUUAUGCCAUCUGUUUUCAUUGACCUGAAUGAAAAAGCAAGUCUUCAAAAUUACUGUCAUUGUAAGAUACAAAUAAUUAUAAAGUGGGGAAAGAAAACUAAACAGCAAGGCUAUGUAGUACUGGCAGUAUUACACUAGUUGUACUCUAUAAACAGUCAUGUUUUCUAAUUGCAAAUUUGAUAAUUUGUGUAUGACUGAGAUGUCUAUUUGUUUAUAGGCUAGGAAUACUAAUGGUGAUCUGUUAACUGGAAUUCCCUACUCAAGUUCUUCCAGUCCUUUAAAAACUUAUUACCAAUUAUUUCAAAUUUCCAGAAUUACAAUGUCCAGUUAACUACAAGUCACAUGUAGAUAUUCCAAGUUACAGUUUAAGAUUUAGUUCCUCAAUUACAACGGCUACAUUUCAAGAUCUUAAAAUGACAUGUGAUCAGUGGCUAGCUUGGGCAGUACAUUGUACAGAGCAGUUCACACUACAGACAGUAUUAGUGAACAGUGGUACUCCAGGCUCUCCCCUGCUAUACAACUCCCACACUGCUAACUUUCCUAUGUUAUGUUUUGAUAGUUUCUACUUAAUGACACCAUUUUCAGAAAAAGCUGUUUUAAAAAACUUUCAGUGUUGUAUUUCAUUCUCAUCAGGACAAAAGGCCACAGUAACGAAGUGCUAAAUCAUAUUUACAUAUCAGAAUGUAGAAACUGCUUUCUUCAGCACCUUUCUUCUAGGUAAUAACACUCUUACGUGUCUGGCAGGUACCUUGAGAGGUCACCAUUUGAAGGUACAUAUAGUCUUGGGAUUCUGUAAUCCUUAUAGUAGCAUGUGGUCUCUUGUUCAGCAUUUAAGUGAUAACUAAUGCAAGAUGGUCCCCUUAUUCCUCUGGUGUCAUGUUUACUUGGGAUUAGAUGCUAAUGACAGCAGUUGAAUGGUAAAUAGUAUUGUGAAAUCUCAAAACUCAAGACUUAAGAAACUGUUAUCACUGUCAUGUAGCAUUUAAUGACAACAUUAAAUACAGAUAAGUCAUAAGCACAUUGAUGGAGUGUUUUGUACCAUUAAUUCAACAUUUUUAAAUGAAAUUGUGGAUGAGCAAAAGACACUUAAGUUACAUACUGAAUUCUAAAAACUUUUAAGCAUUCCUCGGGACCCAUAGAACAUACUGAAAUUUUGUAUUUUUUUCUGAGUAAGGGAAGGAGAAGAUAAAAGGAAAAAAAAAGACCAGUGUUUCAAAAGUACUUAUAUUGUAUGAAACAGAAUUUGAAAUUUUAAUAAAAUUCUUGGCU